UUCAAACAUUAUUAUUAAGAGAAAAAAAAAAAAAAAACCAGUCUUUAAUUAACUUGAGAGGACGAUGAUGAUGGCUUCCAUGGCGGAACUGAUGACCCAAAUGGGGUCGGCAGUCGCCGGCAUAAUGGUUGCUUACGCGAUGUUCCAGAACUACUUUCCGUACGAACUCCGGCGGCCCAUCAAACGUUACGCCGAAAAAGCCAUGUCUUUCAUCUACCCAUACAUCCAUAUCAGCUUCUCCGAGUACCACGGCGACGAUUUCCAGCGGAGCAAAGCCUACGCCUCCAUCGAGCGCUACCUGAACGCCAACUCCACCAAGCAGGCCAAACGCCUCCAGGCCAACGUCCUCCGCGACAGCGAAGCCAUCGUCCUCACCAUGGCCAAUUACGAAGAGGUCACCGACGAAUUCUCCGGCGUCAAGCUCUGGUGGUCCUCCAACAAGUCCACCCGCACCCAGCAGUCCAUUUCCUUCUACCCCAGAGAAGACGAGAAGAAGUUCUUCACCCUAACCUUCCACCGCCGCCACCGCGAAGCCAUCACCACCAGGUAUUUGACACAUGUCCUCAAUGAAGGUAAAGCCAUCACCAUCAAUGAACGCCGCCGUAAACUCUACACCAACAACAAGAACGAAGGCUACAGCUACCGCCGCAACCUCUGGACCCACGUCAUGUUCGACCACCCUGCCACCUUCGAUACCCUAGCCAUGGAGCCCACUAAAAAGCAAGAAAUCAUAGACGACCUCAUCCAUUUCACACAGUCGAAGGACUACUACGCAAAGGUCGGCAAAGCGUGGAAGCGUGGCUACCUCCUCUACGGCCCACCGGGUACCGGAAAAUCGACCAUGAUCGCCGCCAUGGCUAAUCUCUUGAAGUACGAUGUGUACGAUCUCGAGCUAACCUCGGUUAAGGACAACACAGAGUUGCGGAAGCUGCUAAUCGACACAACAGGGAAAUCAAUCGUGGUGAUCGAGGAUAUAGAUUGCUCGUUGGAUCUCACAGGGCAGAGGGAGAGCAAAAAGAAGGAUAAGGAAGACGAGAAGAAAGACGCAGAAAAGGAUGCAGCUAAAGAGGUGAAGAAGAAGAUGGAGGAGAGCAAGACGAGCCAGGUGACGCUAUCGGGGCUACUGAACUUCAUAGACGGGCUGUGGUCGGCUUGCGGUGGAGAGAGAAUCAUUGUGUUUACGACAAACUAUGUGGAGAAGCUGGAUCCUGCAUUGAUUAGAAGAGGGAGGAUGGAUAAGCGUGUGGAGCUUUCGUAUUGUGGAUACGAGGCGUUUAAGGUAUUGGCGAAGAAUUAUUUGGAGAUUGAAUCGCAUGAAUUGUUCGGUGAGAUAAGGAGGUUGUUGGAGGAGACGAAUAUGUCACCGGCAGAUGUGGCGGAGAAUUUGAUGCCGAAAUUGGGGGCGGAGAAUGGAGAAGUGUGUCUGAUUAGAUUGAUCAAAGCUCUUGAAGAAGCGAAAGAAGAAGCAAGGAUCAAAGCAGAGGAAGAAGAGAAGGAGAAAUUGGCCAAAGAGAAAGAAGACGAAGAAAACAAGCUAAAGAAACAAGCUAAAGAAGAAGAAGAAGAAGAAAAGAAGGAGAAAACAGAGAAUGGAGUAAAAGAAAAUGCUACAGAGGAGAAUGGGGUAAAAGAAAAUGGAGUUGCUGCUGCUGCAAAUUAAAAUAAUAUUACAAAUGGAGUUUCUUAUUACCACCUAGCUAGUACCAAGUAGUAUAUAUAUGUCUAAAUAAUUACUUGUGCUUGCAAAUUAUUAUAAGAUUGGUCUGGAAAUGUUUCUACUUUGGUUUUAGGCUCUCUUAGUCCAAAUGUGCCAAGUUCCUAUUGGGAUUUUGCAACUCUUCUGUACCCACUGUUGAUUUUUAUAUUUAACUAUAUUUUUCUUCUUA